CGUCUCUACCCCGCUGGCCUAAUAAACCACGUGGGCGGCGCAGUUUAGCAUUUUAUGCAGCCACCCACCCCCUCCAGCUACUCAAAACGACACCGUUAUGGCCCUGGCAAUCGGUUUCUUCACAAUCCCCCCAAAUUCCACCCCCAAUUUGCGUUGCCCUCUGAAGAAAGACGCCUUCAAUUUCAUCCACCUGCUCAAGCCGACGCCGCGGAGGAGGAUCCGCCGGGAGCUGAAGUCGGUGGCGGCGAUGUUUACUGACAACGUCGUUGUCAGCGACCUCAUCGCCGGCGGUUUGUCGGGCGGGGUUGCGCUGUCGCUGCUUAAGCUUUGGGAACAAACGGCUAAGAGAGGCAUAUUUGACCAGAAACUAAAUAGGAAGCUUGUACACAUCACUCUGGGAUUAGCAUUCAUGCUUUGCUGGCCUAUGUUCAGUCCUGGUCGCCAGGGAGCGAUUUUCGCAGCUCUCAUUCCUGCUGUUAAUAUAAUCAAAAUGCUUCUCAUGGGGCUUGGAAUAUGGAAGGAUGAUGCAACUGUCAAGUCCAUGACCAGAGAUGGGGACUAUAGGGAACUCCUUAAGGGGCCGUUGUACUAUGCUUCCACGAUCACUUUAGCCAGUGCCAUUUACUGGAGAACAUCACCUAUAGCAAUUGCAGCAGUUUGUAACAUGUGUGCUGGUGAUGGUAUGGCUGAUAUUGUGGGUCGUCGUUUUGGUGGCCAGAAACUUCCCUACAAUAAAAAUAAAUCAGUUAAUGGCAGUAUUGCAAUGGCGAGUGCUGGUUUCUUGGCUUCACUCGGAUUCAUGAUCUACUAUUCAUCUUUCGGUUUCAUGGAAGCAAGCAUGAAAACGGUUCUUGGGUUUCUAAUAUUGUCUGCUGCUGCUGCAUUAGUUGAAUCACACCCUUUAAGCAGUGAGCUUGAUGACAACUUGACUGUGCCACUGACCGCGGUUUUGGUUGGCAGUUUAGUUUUCUGAGUUUGAAUCCUCAUAGCCAGGGGCGAUGUAACGAACGAAGAUUGACCCGGAAAUGAUGAAAAUUGAGCAAAUUCUGUUGUAGGAAGCACUAGUGUUUCUUGUUGUAGUUGUAAGUUGAAUUUGUUGAGCAUGGCAAGAUCUCAUGUUUGUAAAAUUGCAGAGUGAACGUGUCCCUGUUGUAGUAACAACAUAAUAAAUGCACAUAAUUUGUGGAUUUGAGUUUUAA